GGACUUGGCAAAGAUGAUGUCGCAGGGGGAGGACUUCUGUCAUUUUGAUGCCAAUGGCGCUCGCCUUCGAUCUAUCAUUGAAGCCAAUUUGCCUUGGACACUCCAAUUUGACACCUUUCACGUGGCAAGCCCUGCCGAGAAUGUGAAGACUAAGCCGAAGCUCAAGAGUUGGAAGGCUGCCAUUGUGGGCGCACAUCCUUCAUUGUGUGCUGACAUCGCCCAUGCUGUGGAUCGAGCCUUGGGGGGACAAAGUGAACAUCAAUAUUUUGGCCUUAGCUGCCCUGGGCACCACUCUGCUUCUCAUCACUGUACUUUUCGUUGUGAGGUGCUUGGCCAAUGCUCCAAUGAUGCAAUGUUCGACCGGAUUCUGGGGCAAAUGCUGAAUUGGGGAGAGUUCACAGAAAGACCCUUUGACCCUAAAGUUCUCCUGAACGAGUUGCGCAAGAUUGUUUCGUCCAGCAAGUUUCUAUCCUCGGCCGACUUGCAGAUUUGCACAGGGCCAUAUGUUCUAUGUCAUAUGAUGCAGUUGAUCCUUGACGUGCCACUGUUGGUGUAUUUGGGCUUAACCCUGACCUAUUUGGCAGCGGAAAACGUGGAAGAAUUGCUGCUCUCUGCAAGAUCCAUUGCAUCAGACUUCACGAACUUGGCAGGUGCAGUGGGUCCUCGACGUAGAGCGCUUGUCGUCACUGACCUGAUCCGAGCAGCCCAGUUCCACCAUGCAACUGGAGUAUGGGUCCCCGCUCUUCCUCCAUUGUCGUUCUAUCAUGCAGAUCCAGCUCAAGGAGGACGCCACCAUCGUGCCAAAAGAGUUGAAGCAAUCGCACUUCGACCUGAACUUUGGCGCCGCGCUGCGUUUGGUCCUGGACUUCGUGGAUUGCUGCGGCACUUCUGUAAUUCCAACACGGGUGUUGCAUUUCAAACUCAUUUCUUGCCGCUCAGAAGAAUACUUUCGUAUGAUGCUGCUAUCCUUGUCCCAUGGGACAAUGAUGUCAUGUCGUUUUACGAGCUCUAUCAUGCCGCCAUGCCACUGCUGAUGCCGAGUGAAAUGCUUAUGAGCAAAUGGCUUCCAGCAGUACGUUGGGGAUCUCUUGAGUUUGAUCGAGAUCGCGGCACAGGUUCAGCAAAGCGUCCAGCAUGUUUGAUGCGUUUAGGCAAAAGCCCAGCCUGCUUCGUUCCAUGGAUGAACCAAUCAACCUUGCAAAGUGCGAUGGACGGUGGCGCAGCCAGCUGGAUUGGAGCAACAGACUAUUAUCGCUUUCCACAUAUACUGCACUUCCAUUCGGUUGCAUCUCUGGUUGGAAAGUUACAAGGGCCUUUGGCAGCUACAAGGUCUGGGAUGAGAAAAGCAAGCCAGGAAAUUCGCUCUCAAACCUUGUCACUUCAUAGAAGGCUACUUGGACACUUGCUGGGAUUUGGAGACUCUGAGAGGUUUCCACGCUUCAUGCCUACACAAGCACCCAACCACUGGAAUCAGCUGCCACUGGGUGGCACCUGCAAGCUUGGCUUUAUCGCUCAAGCUGACUUCCCACAGAUCGAGCCACAUUCCUCACCUUUUCUCGGACUCCGUCAAUGCUUGCGAUUGUGCGAUGAAACUGCUGGAUGCGAAGUGGCAGUCUUCAAUGGCCUAACCUGCAUGGUCUAUGACGAAUUCUGCAAUGCAACAGACCUCCGUCGUGAAGGAGAUCGCAAUGGCUAUGUAGCUUGGAAGCGUGAUUGAAUGUCAAGAAGAUCUUAGAGGUCUUGGCUCGUGAUGCUCAUGCUUCAUGCUUGCCGACAUGCCCGUGCUGGUGGCCAACAUGCUUUCCGGGUGAAGAAAUUCAUCUCGACAGUGGCAGUGUGGUGGUAAGGGUCAAGGCGCUCAAGCAUCACCUCGACGCAAAACGGCAUUGGCAUUCCACUUGGAAUGUAAUCGAUGAAGGGCAAUAUCCCUGAUGACUGUCCAAUCAAAGAAUAAUUGCGAUAUUCAACUCAUUCAAUCAAAUAAUCAAAA